UGGGCGGAUCGAGGGUGUGUAUCCGCAAUGACAACAGGAAGUGGUUGCAUACUGCUGUAAUCGCUCGCUGUUUUAUACACUAUUCGUCUCAGCUGACAGUUCGACAGCCGCGUAAGAUUGUAUAGAAGUAGGAACUCAUGACUACAGCUUUAAUCGAUUCUCGCCGAGAUGACGGCGCCUGAGGAGGCCUGAGCUCGGUCUCGCACAGCGCUUGUCCUUGCCAGACAUCCAGACAAGCGUUCGUGCAGCUGGACGCCGUUGACUAUUUAUAGGAAAAGUCGGAAAAUAUCCGGAACAUCAAACAUGCCGGGUCUAACGUGAAGGCUGACGUUCUUCUGUAAUGCUGCUGUAUCCAGCCUGAACCAUGAACUCCGUGUCUCCCAGUGCCGUUCAGUACAUGGUGAGCGGUGGAGCUCAUGAUGACAAGCCCUCAGCGCAGUCCAGACACCACAACGGCCACGGGCCAGUGCCCGACGGCAUCAGAGAAGGCUCUGGAGAGCCCGAUGAAGUGGAUCGCCUGAAAGCCAAGUUAAUGUCAGCUUGGAACAAUGUCAAAUAUGGCUGGACUGUGAAAUCUAAAACUACCUUCAACAAGACCUCCCCUCUGUUCCUCCUGGGUCAGUCCUAUGUGUUCAAUAGUGAAGAUGAGGUGGAGCGUUUCCGGCAGGUGUUUGUGUCGUGCGUGUGGCUCACCUACAGGAGGGAGUUUCCUCAGCUGGAGGGAUCCAGCCUGACCACAGACUGCGGCUGGGGCUGCAUGCUGCGCAGUGGACAAAUGCUGUUGGCACAGGGGUUACUGCAGCACCUCCUGCCACCAGACUGGAGGUGGUCGGACUGUCAUCCGCUGUCAGAUGUUGAUUUCGAGGUGCUGAAGCCCCGCUCUCCUUCCCGUCCGGCUGGCAUGUCCCUGCCUUCCUUUAGUUCUUCCUGGACCAGCCCCAUUCCCCAGAGGGACCUCAGCUCUGGCAGUGGUGAGAGUCAUAGACGGACCCCGGAGCAAUGCUCUGCAGCCAGCCAUGACCCUCAGGUGGAGGCUUUACACAGGAAAGUGGUGUCUUUGUUUGGGGACCAUCCCUCGGCUCCGUUCGGCGUCCACCAGCUGGUGGAGCUGGGAAAGGAGUCUGGAAAGAGGGCAGGGGACUGGUACGGCCCGUCCGUAGUGGCACAUAUGCUGAGAAAAGCAGUGGCUAGAACCGCUGAGUUUCACAACCUUGCUGUAUACGUGGCACAGGACUGCACUGUAUAUAAAGGAGAUGUCAUGCGGCUGUGUGAGUCGCCCCUGACAGAGCGGUCCGAGUCCGGAGGCACAGGAUGGAAAUCAGUCAUCAUUCUAGUGCCAGUACGGCUCGGAGGAGAAUCACUAAACCCCUCCUACAUUGAGUGUGUUAAGAACAUUCUCAAGUUAAAAUGCUGUAUAGGAAUUAUUGGAGGAAAACCCAAGCAUUCUCUGUUUUUUAUUGGCUUUCAAGAUGAGCAGCUAUUGUAUCUAGACCCACACUACUGUCAGCCGGUGGUGGACGUCACCCAAGGCAACUUCUCUCUGGAGUCUUUUCACUGUAACUCACCCAGGAAGAUGAACUUCAGUCGUAUGGAUCCCAGCUGUACCAUCGGGUUCUACGCACAAACCAAGAAAGACUUUGAGUUGUUGUGCUCCGCGGUCAGUGAAGCUUUAUCGUCCUCUAAAGAGAAGUAUCCCAUCUUUACAUUUGUCGAGGGCAGGGGACAGAACUAUGGACUGGAGGGGCAGAGCGGGGGCUCCAUGGACGGUCCUGCAAACAUUUUCUCAUGCAACAGAAUGAGCAGGAACAAUAAGAGGGGAAGCACAGAUGAGUUUGUGCUCCUGUGAGGAGCGUAUGGCAUGAAACACAGACCCCACACCAGUGGUGCUGCACCCAACUUCAUCAAGCUGCUGUUCUUCACGUCUGUACACUGCAAAAUAUAAUGCACACCUGACAUAGAGAAUCUCUAGAAAAACUGUCUGGUUCAUAUUUCAAAACUAAGAAAUUAGGUUGUGCAUUUAUUAUUUUUUUUUUCAUUUUCCUCCAAUUUAUCAUUACCAUAAUGCCAAAAAAAUCUCGUUCUCAAUAAUGUGAUGUAAAAAGCUACAUUAUUUAAACUGUAAAGUGUUUUUGCACUGCCUUUAUGCUAAGUUUUAGUUUAAAAUGUAUGAUUUUAAUUCACUGCAUUACAGUACAAGCAUGCUUUGCAUUAUGGUAAUGACAAUUUUAAGAGGGAAAUGCAUUAAUUAGUGUAAAAAUGUAAUAAUUCUAAUAAUAAGAUUUAUUUUCUUUAUGCAUAAUAUAAUUUUGGGGUGACGCCUACAUUUCUUUGGUAAAUUAUCUCAUAAAUUAUUAAUUUAUGAGAUAAUUCUCUGUCUCAAUUUUCAGCUGAUUUGGCCACAUACACACUAACGUUUUACCUCCUCCUGUUUGUCUCACACACUGAACACAUGAUCCUGAUGUUGUGUUGCUGUCUUUAUGAAGGUAAACGGGUAUUUUAAGUGUUUUUCUCUAUAAAAGGAUAGAAUUGGAGGGGUUGUGGGUAAUUUUGACAUUGAGUAAACCUCCUGGUUGCUGUAUGCCUGGUUUUCUAAGUUGUGUAAAGUGUAAAUUGUAAACCUCUCUCAGCUGCGUGUUUGAACUGAGUGUGCUUUUGUUUUAAAUCGUUGUGCUGCGUUUGUCAUCAGUUUACAGCUUUCUGUUAUUUAAAUGUAUAUUUUAUGGGGAAUCACAGCUGUAGUACCUCCUCAAGCUCUGGGAGACAGUGUGGCAUUUGAGUUUGAAGCUGUCUGAAUAUUUGAUGUCUGAUUUGCUUUUGCUUAUUCAGGUCAACAAAAUUAGCUGUUACUGUUCAAUCUUAUUUAAGCUGUUAAUUGUAUUUUUACAACUUGUAUAUUUGAUCAUUGUUCUGUCUGAGGAUGCACUGGAUGAAGCUGAACUGCUGUCACUGUUUGAACAAUCUUUUUUGAAUAAUCAUAGAUAUUUGGUUGUCUUUUUUCUUUUUUACAUUUUGGAUUCUCUCUCCUGAACAUGCCCAAUGGGACCAGUGGAUGAGAGGAUGAUUUGCCUGUUUGUGUGGACUUCUGUUUAUUGUGGAUUUUUUUUUUUUUUUUUUUUUUUUUUUGAGAUUUGGAAGAUGGAAAAUAUGAAUUAAAUGUAAGAUAGAAGUAAAUUGCUUAUAAAUCCAUAAUAGUCCCACUGAGUAUCUGCCCUUCAAAAUAACUUAACAGGUAUUUUUAAACUA